AAGACGGUAACAAUAAGACUAGCUAAUCAGCUCAGCUCUAGCCUCUAGCUAAUCACCGGCCGCGCGGCUGGUUUCCAGAUCCAGAUCAACAGCAAUUCAUGGCUAGCUGCGAGCCAAAGGGAUCAGCGAAGGGCGCUCGCGGCGCGCCAGAGGCCUGCGCCGUCGCCGACAUCGACCCCAAGCUGGAGUUAUACGACGGCGCCAACACCUACGUCAUUCGCCUCAAUCUUCCAGGGUUCAAGAAGGAGGACUUCAAGGUCCAGUUGAACUCCGGCGGCUGGCUUACGGUCCGCGGCGAGCGUCCCGCCGGGUACGUGCGGUUCCACAGACGGCCAACCUCGACGGGGUCGCCGGCCGCUUCGACGGCACCGUGCUGUACCUCACCGUGCCCAAGCAGCCGGUGUGCGAGACCGACAUGGUGAUGGCGAGGCCGCUGAUCGAGGCCAAGGAGGAGUGCGCGGCCGCGCCGGCGCGGGCUGUUAGAGAAUGUGAGCCUAACGGCCCAUGUCGGCCCAUGUGCUAAGGGAAACACUACAAAAGGAGCAUUGCGGUCGCCAAGAUGGAGGGGAUUAUUUAGAAUACGGUUGUUCAAUCUCUCUUCUCCAGUUGUCUUUCUUCCAUGUAUCCUUACCUUCAUCUCUAGUUUCUUCUAGACCCUUCUAGAGUGGCUUCGGCAUUCUUCUCCUAUCCUCAAUCCUCUUACUGUUCUUCCUUCUAAACUCUAAUUCUCUGUAAUCGCUACCGUUGAGUUCAAUCAAUACACACGGGUAGUGAGUCGUUAACAA